UCCUAAAAAACAGGCAAACACCUCUCCUUCAAGUUAGUACCGACCCAAACAAGCAGGAAACAGGAAAUGUUCACGUUUCAGUGGGACUGAAACUGCGCGCAGCAGCAUCACGAUGCCGGGGCGCGCGCCCCCCGAGGCUCCGCGCGCCGCCCUUUUCCUCGCCGUGGUCCUCGCGUCCCUUCCCACCCGCCCGGCGCAGGGAGAGGAGGACACAGAACUGUCAGGAGACGCGCUCCCAGGCACGGGAGGCCUGGAUGAAGAGUCAGAGGCUCUAAGCACACUUGCUUCAGUGACCACAGAACCUUACAUCACCAGUAUAAAUGCUGCCCUAAUUGAGGAAGACACAGAACACUUAGAGUUUAUAUUAAUGGUGUUGAUCCCAGUGCUUUUACUGUCUCUCCUACUUCUAUCAGCGAUACUCCUUGUAAUAUACCAUAAAAGAAAAAGGAAUAAACAAGAGCCCUCUAGCCAAGGAUCUCAGAGUGUUUUACAGACACAUGAACUGGGAAGUGAAAACGUGAAAGUCCCUAUUUUUGAGGAAGACACACCCUCUGUGAUGGAAAUAGAAAUGGAAGAGCUUGAUAAGUGGAUGAACAGCAUGAACCGAAACGCUGACUUUGAAUGUUUACCUACUUUAGAGGAAGAAAAGGAACCAAACCACAACAACCCAAGUGACAAUGAAUCCUGAAACUGAAUGGUGCUAAUGCUUUCCAAGAGAAGCAGCCCCGGAGGAAGCCCGCUGGGCCUGCCAACAGAGGAUGAAGAGGAUCCGAAUUUAAUUAACUUCAAAUCAAUGUAAACACAAGAACCUUUUGCUGUUGCUUCCAACGCCCACUCUUCCAUCGCCCAGUGCAUCACCUUUACUUGGAAGAAUGCUUGAUUGAGAAGUGCUGGGCAAAGGCCUGGGUGCCAUCCAUCGCUGAGGGUGGGGGAGCCACGAGGUGCAGUCAGCGCUCAUCACGGGGUGUUCCCUCCGCUCAGCCGACCUCUAGGGACUGGACUACCACUCUGGCUAUGCUGAGUCCCUGUUACCUUUCUGCUUCAUUCCUUGAGUACAAAACUGGAAACUCUUAUCUGUGGUUUCCUUCUGGGUCACUUUAUGACCUAAAUAGCUGGAUAAUUUCUUCUGAUUAGUCAAGUCCUUUGAUAGGUCAGUCACGUUCAGCAGGAACUUUGCUCAAGGUGAGUUAUGUCAUGGAAAAGACAGCAAACAAAGCAAGUGUUUCAAUGUGUACACCAUCCCAGGGGGGUGGUAAGCUUGUUCCUGCCUGCCGUGAGACGCAGCGUGAGAUACACAGUCAAAGGGAUGCUGUUUGGUGAUGUGUGGACUGUAAGUUGGCCAGGUGACAGAGAAAUGGGAAUUUUCCAUGAAAGAGCGACUGUUUUCCUUCUCAGCUAAAAUCAGCUGCUUGUUUCCACUUCCCCAUGGCUCUUCCUUGUCCUCGCCACACCUCCCUGGCGAGUGGUGUGUGGGUAGAUGGGAGCAGCUGGGCCUCUUCCGUCACCUUCUGUGUCCCGGAGAUCUUUAAGGUCAUCUGGAACAAGCAGAACGGCAUCAGGCUCUCUCUGUGCGGGUGGCGGGGACCUCUCCUCGCACUCAGGACCUCUCCUGCACCCGGGACAGGUCUGGUGUGCUCAACGCCACUCCCCAGGAGGCCAACACCCGUCCAUCAGAGAUGACAUUCUACGUGAUACUUGUUGACAUCCUCCUGCUAGAAGUGACGGCGCAAAAUCAGAGGGGCCUAUUUAUCACUCCCACUCACGUAAAAUCAAUCUCCAUUUAAUCCUUAAUUUUCCAGUUCUGACCUUUAAAGCAAUCGAGCAAAUUAGGACUCCUCAGCUCUUCCACAGCACCCAAUAUUUUAUUCCAGGAAAGAAACAAAGAAUGAAAACGGUCUUUUACUCCCCACCCAUAAACUGAGGCGGGGGCGGGGUGGGCUGGCUGAGGGUCACCAAAUAUUUGCUGCUGAAUUUGGGGUCUUGUGUUUGAAAGGCUGCCGUAAUGCAUGAAACAAACUGCCCUCACCCGUUUCAGAAUCCCUUACCUUCUGAACUCUGCCCACAAUUUUAAAGGCAGAAUUCCAGGCUAAGGAGAUCUUUCUGCUCCACUGAAAAAUAGAACUAUCUGGCUGUGUUUAACCACUGCUCUUACGCCACCCCGGGACUGUGCAGAGCUUUGGCAAAAAAACAGUCUUCAUGGUACAGAACCACAACAGAUAUGUCUGUUGUAUUCUUUUUAGCACAUCCGAAUACGGCAUUUUUGUUUUGCAUAUUUUCUAAAGUCUUUUUCUGAUGUGAACCAUUUUUCAAAGUCUUUAGUGAAUUUGUUACAACAUUGCUUCUGUUUUAUGCUUUUGGUUGGGGGGCCUGGUUGGCCAAGAGGCAUGUGAAAUCUUAGUUCCCAACCAGGGAUCAAACCUGCAACCCCUGCGUUGGAAGGCAAAGUCUUAACCACUGGACUGCCAGGGAAGUCCCCUGUUUUGCAUAUUCAUUUUCAACUUGUCGUCCACAGUGACUCUCAGAUAUUUAUGCCAGAAUUGCCAUUUUACCAAAUCGUCAUUUCGGCCUGUUUCAUUUCUUUGUUUCUCAUCAACAUGUUGACUCUCUGAAGAGUCUCUUCUCUCUCUAGCUAGCUGUGUAAGAUUUUUGCUGAACACUUAGGUAGGCAAACAUCACCCAACCCUAUCAAAUAAUGGAUGUUGGCAGUUCAGAGAAGGACAGGGGUUCUUGGAAUCUCACUUGAAGCAGUAUUUCAUAAUAUGGUAAAAAUAUUCUUAUUCAGUGUGUGAAAUUACUUCAAAUUCCAGAAGAAGCCAGCUUCAGCAAUAUGUCAUUGAAUUUAUAUCUGAAAAAUGUACUAACCCCUCUAAUUGCACAAUGUGCAAAGCACUUUAAAAAAUACAGUUUAUUCUGGCAAGAUAUAUGACGUCAGUAUGGGUCAGAACAGCCCAGGGUCGCUUCUAGUGCUCUGUAUAUUUUAUUUACUAUCCAAUCAAAAGGCAUAGGUUAUGGUCCUUCUGAGAACUGUUUUUUAACCCAAACUAAAUUUUUAUGUUUUAGAUUAUUGUUAGUAAAAAUCUUAAUAAUUUGCCCUAAUUAGGUGGCCAGUUAGAGCAUAAUGUGGCUUUAGAAUAUUUUCAAGAUGUUUACAUGUUAUUGCAGUUUUGAACAUGUUAAGCAAGUUAGGUUAACAGCAGCCUCGUUGAACUCCUCAGGAAACUUGUGGUAAUAAACGUAUGAAAACCUCA